AGAGCUAUUUAGAGGAUGCGCGUGAGGGGGAGAGAGAGAAACAGAAAUAAUAGAAAAUGGAAGAAACAACGACAGAGUGAAAAAGCAAUUGAUAUGUAAUAAAUUAUAUAUGUGAGCGUGUGUGUGUCUCUCUCUUUUCUCUUUCUUUCUCACUCUAAAUUUGUAAAACCCCAAUUGCUUUCUCACUCUUCUCAUCUCUCGACUUUCACCAAAUUCUUUCUCCUCCUAAAACCCUCGCCCAAAACCAACGGUUGCAAGCGUCAAUCCAUCUACCAACGCCAACGAGGAAGGUGAUUGUUGUUGUGUCGGCCAAGCAAGAAGCUCGAACAGGGAAGCGAGAUCAAGGAACACACAUAUACAAGUUACCUGCAUUGCGCUGUGUGCAUAAGCGCAUAACCAGGCACCGGAGCAUUAUGUUUUGACAUGCAUUCGGAGCAACAAUUCUUGUACAAAAUUGGAUGUUCCUCUCACAGUACCUCAUCAAACACUUUCCUUCAGAACAACUCAAACAGCUACAGGAUCAUUUCUGCUGUGACGGAAUCCAAGAAACCGUAUAUUGUCAGAAAAUGCGUUGCUCUCUUGCACGCCUGCGCCUCCUCUAUCCCUAAAUUGAAGCAAGUCCAUGCCUUCUCCAUCAGGCAUGGGGUACCACUGUCAAGCCCGGACAUGGGGAAAUACUUGAUCUUCUUUGUUGUCUCCCUAUCUGGGCCUAUGCAAUAUGCCCGCAACAUUUUCGAUCAAAUUUUCCAGCCAAAUAUAUUCACUUGGGAUACAAUGAUCAGAGGCUACGCUGAGAGUGAAGACCCAGCUCCAGCUUUGCAUAUCUACCAACAUUUACGUGUGAGUUCGGAGCGACCUGAUACCCAUACGUACCCGUUUCUUCUCAAAGCCAUUGCUAAAUUAAUGGUCUUGCGAGAGGGUGAGAAAGUGCAUUGUGCUGCGUUGAAAGAUGGGCUUAAGUCGUUGGUUUUUGUUCAGAAUGCUCUGGUUCAUUUUUAUGGUGUCUGUGGUCGGGCAGAGAGUGCUCUCCAGUUGUUUGAGAAAAUGGCUGACAAGAAUCUUGUGGGUUGGAAUUCGGUGAUUAAUGGGUAUGCUUUGAAUAGUAGGCCUAAUGAGACAUUGACCCUUUAUAGAAGAAUGUGCUUGGAGGGUGUUAAACCAGAUGGAUUUACUUUGGUAAGUUUGCUUACUGCAUGUGCUGAACUUGGUGCCUUGGCUUUGGGCAGGAGGGCACAUGUGUAUAUGAUGAAGCUGGGUUUGGAUAAAAACCUACACGCUGCAAAUGCGUUGAUGUUGCUUUAUGCAAAGUGUGGGAAUAUUAGGGAUGCAAAGAAGGUAUUUGAUGGGAUGGACGAGAGGAGUGUGGUAUCGUGGACUUCGUUGAUAGUUGGGUUGGCUGUAAAUGGGUUUGGUGAGGAAGCACUUGAACUUUUCAAGGAGAUGGACAUCCGCAGGUUCGUUCCUAGUGAGAUUACCUUUGUCGGAGUGCUAUAUGCCUGUAGUCAUUGUGGUAUGGUGGAUGAAGGGUUCGCUUAUUUUGAUAGGAUGACAAAGGAAUUCCGGAUUGUGCCUACAAUCGAACAUUAUGGUUGUAUGGUUGAUUUACUAGGUAGGGCAGGUUUAGUGCAACAAGCGUAUGAAUAUAUCUGCAAAAUGCCAAUAGAACCUAAUGCGGUAAUAUGGAGAACUUUACUUGGUGCAUCUACCAUACAUGGGAAUUUAACAAUAGGGGAGGUGGCCAGAGACGAACUUAAAAUGUUAGAGCCCAAACAUUGUGGAGAUUAUGUGCUUCUUUCCAACCUGUAUGCAUCUGAAAAGCGUUGGUCAGACGUACAUAACGUGAGGAGAACAAUGCUUAAAGAAGGAGUGAAAAAAGUGCCAGGCUAUAGUCUUGUUGAAUUAGGAAACCGUAUACAUGAAUUUGUACAAGGCGACAAGUCUCAUCCUCAAACUGAAGCUAUAUAUGCUAUGCUUUCGGAGAUGACAAGGUUACUGAAACUUGAAGGCUAUGCACCUCAUACGACGAAUGUGCUUGCCGACAUUGAGGAAGAAGAGAAGGAAACUGCUUUGUCUUAUCAUAGUGAGAAGAUUGCAAUUGCUUUCGCAUUGAUUAAUACGCCAGGGGGGACCCCAAUUAGGAUUGUAAAGAACUUAAGGGUUUGUGCAGAUUGUCACCUUGCAAUUAAAUUACUAUCAAAGAUUUUUGACCGGGAGAUAGUUGUUAGAGAUCGUAGUCGAUUUCAUCAUUUUCGGGAUGGAGCUUGUUCUUGUAAAGAUUACUGGUAGAUGGUUGAAACUUGAAAGUCACACAUGUUUUGAUUGAUA